GAAGUGUUGCCUCAAUGAAGUCGCCGUAUCGAGUCAUUUAUGUAGCAUGUUAUGUUGGUGUUAAAGCACGUUAACUCAUCGACCUACGCUCGUUAUCACUUACUGUCAAGUUAACACGCGGGACUAAGCCUGAAAGGAACGUCUGGUAGUCUGUUGGCCAAACAAAAAGGGACGUUUGAGACGUCGCUCACUUAGCUAACCAACGUUAGCCUUUAGUCAGUGACAUUGCAGAGCUAACAACGUUCACACAAAUUUUGAAUUCUCUUCUUGUGGACAUGGUCGUGCGGUUGUCAGCUUGGGUGUGUGCCAUAUGAAGUCUCUGUGGGUGGUGUAUCCGGCAUUUAAAUUCUAUGGCUGCAAUUUCUGGAAGCAUUGACAAAAGCUAAUCGUUAGCCAGCAAACCAGACGUUAGCACUAUGGGAGCCGAGCAGAGUGGAGAUGCGGAUCACAAACACUCCGAUUACACCUCAUCGGUGGUGCCUUCUCCAGCGAAGCAGAAGGCAAAGAUGGAUGAUAUCGUGGUUGUGGCCCAGGGGACCCAGUCAAUGCGAAAUAUCCACAAUGACCCAGAUGUCAUAAAGCUUCAAGAAAUACCCACCUUUCAGCCGCUUUUGAAAGGAGUGCUGAGUGGCCAGACGUCACCCAGCAGUGUGUGUCUGGAAAGACUGGAUGCUGCCCAGGUUCUGCAGCUCUGCAUCCGGUACCAGGACCACCUACACCAGUGUGCCGAGGCCGUGGCCUUCGACCAGAACGCCCUGGUCAAGAGGAUCCAAGAGAUGGACUUGUCAGUGGAAACCCUGUUCAGCAUAAUGCAGGAGCGCCAGAAACGCUACGCCAAGUACGCAGAGCAGAUCCAGAAAGUCAACGAGAUGUCCAUCAUCCUGAGACGCAUCCAGAUGGGCAUCGACCAGACGGUGCCGCUGAUGGAGCGCCUCAACAACAUGCUGCCUGAGAGCGAGCGCCUGGAGCCCUUCAGCAUGAGGCCUGACGGGGAUUCUGCCACCAAGUAGCCUCCUUUAAGCCAACACAGCUGCUUCGUACCUGAGUCUCCAUCCAGUCCUCUGUCCAGGAGGAGGUGCAGGUCUGUCCAGCUGUAGGGAUACUUAGUCUUUGUGGGUAGAAAACGUCUUAACCCCUUAAUGUUUUGUUUUCGUAGCAGAGCUAAGGUUUAAAUGUGUGAGACUGCUCUCGUCAGGUCUCCAGGUCAUGAUUUUUAUUCUUUGAUAAAAAGAAUAAUUAUAAUUAAUUAGAAUACUUAAUGCAGGAAGUUUUACUGAGCACUCAUGCUCUUAAUCAGAAACAUCGUACUUACUGCAUAGCACUGCUCAGCACACACACAUUCAUACCUGAGUUUAACCACAACCCUCUGCUGUGGGCCACUGAGCAGCUUUGCUGGAGCCAACUCAUGAAGUGCUGCGAUCAAAUGCACCCCGACUGCAGAGGGCCCAGACAUUAUUACUUAUUCUUUCCCUGCUGGGAAUCAAACUGGCAAUCUUCCCGGGACAGGCCUUCCUUACUAAUCUAUAGGCAGGGGAAGAACAAGCUAUUUUGAUUGAGUCGGAGUGAACUCCUCAUGCUCAAAACCUUUUCCUGCAGAUGUGUUGCAGGUUUUAGAGACUGAAAGGACGGCGAGCGACAUAAGAAAUAUCUCCAAAUCCAGCUGCUCUGGACGUUUACAUACACCUCCCAAAAUAUCAAAGCAGCUCAAGAGCUAGCAGUGGACUAGUUUUGGAUCUUGCACUUUACAAAUAUGUGCUUGUGUUUAUGUUAUUCAUCUCGCUCACCGCCUGGAGAUCCCUUCCAUGAACCGCUCGUAUGCAGAUUUACAGCUUUUAAUUGUUCGAACAAUAUCAGCGUACCAUUAUGGAACAUUAUGAUGAAGAGACUCGCAGGGAGGACCGAGGAUUAUUGCCGCUGGAUUACACAAAAAGAAUGGAUGCACUGCACAUCGGAAGUAAAAUGAGAAACUUCUUUGUGGACGGAAGACGGCCUCAAUAUUCUCAUGAACUUGUGAACUUCGGUUUUGUGAUGAGAGAACUUUAAUUUAUUUGGAUGUUUGCUCCAGCAGUUGUGCCAAACCUAUUUGCAUGCAAAAGAGCAAAGAAAGCGACACAAAGGACCGAAGAGCGACCCAGAUGCUUCAGUUUUUCAGAAGAUCGAUACAGAAGAUGGUUGCAGAGGUUGACAGGAAAUGUUCUAGCGAGUUGCUCAUUUGUCAGAAAUCUCUGAACAAACCAAACUGUCUGAUCACAGCUCUGCAGCAUUAACUCAGCUUGUCACAGCGAUAGCCAACCAACACACAUGCCAAAGAUGUUCCUCAAAGCUGUUGAAUAAUAAGUGGCACUUUAGAAAAGGUCACAUCUUUGGUCCCUUUGAGGAGAGUGAUCAAGUCAAUUUCACUGCUUCGUCCGCUGAAUAUUUGUGUCUGCGUCGUACGCUCAGCUCUUUACUCUUAAAAGGUCAGUUCACUCAAAUGAUAAAAAGAAAUACCUCUCGAGAUAUCUGUCUGCGCGGAUAGUUUUGGUUUUAUUUGUUCAGGCCUCGACAAAUCUGUCAAUCCACCACCAUUCAUUUUCAUUUCUAAUGCUCAAAGCGAUAAAGAAUUACAUUAAUCAACAGCAUCAUGUUUGGAUAAUCCACAAAGCACCCUGUCAACAAUAAUGUAGACUAUUGAUGAUGGAAAACACUGGUCUGUUUUCAGUGUGGCAAUAAAAGCUCAGACAAAAAAACGGGAAAGAUUGUCAUUAUUUGAGCAGUGUGUCACUGUGGGUUUGUGCGUAUCCACAAGGUGGCGCCAGAGAAAGCUCAACAAAGGUUUUAAAGUCCCAAAGCAGAGUGUUUCAGAGAGAGUGGAAGAAGUUGAGUAUCAUGCUGAAGGACACGGGCCGUAGGGCUCGAAGGAAUCAAACCUUAAAGAUAUAAAACCAUCCUAUCAACAACCAGGCCGACUCGUUUCUGUUUCCAUCACUUCUACUAAAGCCUCAGGACGCCUCAUCUCAUCUGAGCCUGACGUUUUAUUUACAUCAGCCAUCCUCGUCCACCAAAGACAUCACAGUGGUUUCCAGACUCAAUAGAAAAUGUUUUUUGUCCGUGUCAAACCUCUGCAUUGCUUUAGAGCUGCAACGAUUGAAAGAACAUUAAUUGAAUGGCAAAUAGCUGCUGGUUUCAACUUCUUAAUGUGCGAGCAUUUGCUGUUUGUCAUAUGUGAUGAUAAAUUAUGUUUUAAUUUUGGACUGUUGGUCAAGCCGAGUAGAUUUAAGGACGCGACUUUGGGCUCUUAAGUUUUUGUACAUUUCAUAUAAGACAUUGCUCUAGAACAUAAUCAGCAGAUUUACUAAUAGGGAAGGUAAUUGCUAGUUGCAGCCCUGUAUCGCUUGCUUACAAGCUAGAAAAUGUUUCUAUGGAAACCAGCAACUGUGAGCUGUUGUGUCGUGAACUGGGAGGAAAAAUGCAUAUUUAACAAGGUUUUAAUGUGGUCAUUUUGAUGUUUAAACGUUAUAUUCUGGUGUGUUCGGCCCGUCAUCAGAGCAUCCGAGGGUGCUCCAGGUGAGUCCAGGUGCAUCGCUUGCUGAUUACAACGCACGUAUCAAACAAAGCAGAAUUAGGCGUUAAAGGCAUUAAAAAGAAAGAGCUUACUGCUAAUGGAGAGUGUCUCCUCUCUGGAUUCAGCAGUGGAUAACGUUUUCUCCCAUGAGGCAUUGCAGUCUGAUUAGAACGGUUGUGUACGUCGUUGAAUUUUUCAUCAGUAUAUAAAUACGUUGAACUCAAUUACACCUUGGAUCGUCCUCCGGCUGGCGCGCUUUGAGGUGCAGAAUUAGCCGGAUUCGUUGACAUAAGGGACACAAGCAGAGACAAGUUUUCCGUGAAUUUAAA